AUGUCGAACAUGGGUGAAGAGUUGGUUCCUCCUGAUUUAUUGUUGAACCCUCAAUAUUUUGAAUCAACUUUUUAUAGGAGAGAGAACUAUUCCCAGCUCCGACAAUUAGCAUUAAGCGGUCAUCUGCUGCCUUUGCAUAAUCGCUUUGUUUCAUGAAGAAUAUUCUUAGGCCUUCUACCUGAAAAUAAAUCCCUCGACGAGUGAGUCGAAAUUUGUACCAAGCUCAGAGAGGACUAUAGAAAACUCCAAGAAUCCCAAUGCGUAAGCUUUACAUAGUCAGUAAAGACCAACAAUCUCGAUCCUUUAAUUUUCAACCCUUUGUCUUCGGCAACUGAGGUAAUUUUUCAAGCAGUUAGAAUCCUUGGAAUAAUUUUCAUGUUGAUAAUGAAUUAAAAGGCAUAAUUCGACAAGACGUAGACAGGACUUUUCAAGAAAGGCUGCUUUUCCAGUUGCCUGAAAUUAAGCAAUUGUUAACUAGCAUUUUAUUCACCUGGUCAAAGCAAAAUUCUGAUAUUUCUUACAAGCAAGGGAUGAACGAAAUAUUAGGCAUCAUCCUUUUUGUGGCGUAUGCUGAAAGAGCUCCUGAAACAUCUGAAAUCAGCCCACAAGCAGCAAGGUAUUUAUCCAUUCUUAAUGACCCUCGAUAUAUUGAAGCCGAUUCGUUUUGGAUGUUUAGUAGAGUCAUGGACUUAGGGAUAAAAGAGCUGUUUAACCCUGUGGUUACACACAAAAAUAAAGCAAACAAGAAAAAUGACCUUUUUUCCUGGGACGCUGAAAAAGAAAGAAAUGAUUUGGUCAACACCGACAAAAGUCAUGAAGAAAAUAUUUCAAGUGUCCUAAAAAGGUGCCACAAAAUCCAUCAUAGGCUGCUGCAGUCUAUUGAUAGAGAGCUAUAUCAGCAUAUGGAAAGCCAGAAAAUCGAGCCGCAAAUGUAUCUACAAAGAUGGGUGAGAUGCAUGUUUACAAGAGAGUUUAAUAUGGCGGAUACUUUGGUUGUAUGGGAUUCUUUGUUUGCAUCUUUGGUACAGCCGAUUGAGAAUAAUAAGGAUAUUUUAUUGAUGGAUCAUAUAUGUGUAGCUAUGAUUGUUUUCGUUAGAACUUUUCGUAAAUUUUAUUUAGUACUGCAAAGUGACUACUCAGGAAUUUUGAGAAGACUUUUAAAGUUUCCGCCUGUUGAAGAUGUGCAUGUCCUUGUUAAUAUGGGGCUAUCUUACAAAGAAAGAAUUGAAGGAGGCAAAAGAAACGCUCCUGUAGGACUUAUAAGAAGUCCUGAGCCUCCAAGAGCUAUGAUAAGAGCGCCUGAGCCUAAAGCUAAAAGUCCAACUGAAGAGGCUCCAAAAACCAUUGCAAGGGAUGCUUCUCCUUCGCUUGUCCAAAAAGCCCCAGAGUUCUCGGUUCCAGACCCAUUGGCCGCGAAAAGGCAGCAGUCAGGAAGCUCACCGAUUCAUUCAGACCCAAUUCCUCAGAAAUCGAAGCCUAUUAUUCAAACAGCCCCCCUUACAAAAGCUAUGUCAUCGAGUGAAAAAAUAAAUUCAGCAAUCGAUAUCGUCCAAGAGCAAAUUAACAAGUAAUUUCCAAUUAGUGAAACUUAUAGUGAUUCUUCCAUGAAGUAUUUGUUAGAACUUCUUAAGCAACUAAAAGAUGAUAUAAAAGAGCCUACAAAGCCUUCAAUUCCUGACCCACUUAGAAGAAUUUAA